AAACAUAAAUCAUGCUGCCGAGCGUUCAGAGACAACGAAGUCACAACCUUCAAUGUCUGCUUGCUCAGAUGAUUGCUUCCCUCAAGUGGCUCAACAUUCUCGCAAAGUGUACACAGGGUCGCUAGGCACACAACUUUCCGCCUAUUGUAGCCUCCUACGCCUUUAAAUUUCACACGUGCACAAGCGUCCUCACAAUCCAUUCAGUGCUGAGUGACUGACAAUACAACUAUUAGCAGUGUAGCGUCUUCUCUGAACAGAACAAAAUUGCAAACUAUCAGUAAGGACAAUGCACCUGUUGCUAGCGUCAGCUUUUCUCGCAUUUAUCGCGGUUGUGGAUGGUCAACAAUGUUCUUUGAAAGAUAGAGGGUUCAGGCAGUGUGUAGCCAAUUAUACCAACUGGGUGCAGGUUCAGCUAGCCCAAGUCAGAGAUGCCUCAAUUCGGGCAAUCAGCAAGCUUCCCGAACCUUUAGAUAAAGCAAUCCAGUUACACGAAGCUGCUUUAAGACGGCAUCUCGGAAAACGCGAAAUUGACCAGCCCGAAAGCGAACUGCGCAUGGAAGACGCUGCUGCGGAGAACCGCCAACGUGAUGAUAACGCCAGGGCUUGGGUUAAGUUCAGAAAUGACGUUUGUCGUAUUGUCGAUAAAGCCAUUGCAAACGGAAGCCGCCAGUUAUCGGAUGGCGUGAGAAUCAUGGAGCAUGACAAGGGCACAUAUGACGUCCGAUCGCUCGUUUGUAUCUAUAGUAGCGUGAGUUCUAUCAACGCUAAGGGUGACGAAGCGCUUCAAAUUUUCUAUAGGACGCUCCCUGUGGAUCGCAGGGUUCUUUAUGAAAGGGCCGUCGCAUUCCAACUGUGGAUCAUGGCCCUUAAAAUCGCCGAUAUCCAGAAAAAUUUGGAGAAACAAGCCCAGGAUUGCUAUAUGCUUCUCACCUAACUAUCUGGAAAUUUUCUGCAGCGGUCAGUACAGUAGAUGAUGACUACGGUAGAACAUGACGAUGGAGUAUAGAGAAGUCAAUAGUUAGUUUAUACAAUAAAUUCAC